AUGGAGGACCACCGCCCCCGGUCGGACACUGCUCACGAUCCUGACUUUGAGGAUUGGCUGACCUUCACUGGAUGGCACGAUGUCAAUUUUCGCCACCGAAAGUUGGAGUACUUUCGCGACCGCGAGGCUAUGGAGCAACAGAGAGCCAUUUGGACUGCGAGAGAAGCCCGAGUCCGAGAUUUCGAGCAGAACUAUGGUACUGCUCACGAGAUUUACCGCCCCCAUGUCAUGCUUCCUUCUACAGAGAACGACUCCUCGGCAGGUGAUGGCUAUGGACCUGACACAACCGAUCCAGGUACUGGCAACGAGGUCCGUCACCAUAGACGCACUUCGCAAGGUGAGAAUCAGUCGACACCGCCGUACGACGAUGGCAGUAACGCGACGCGUAUUGUUACACCGCAGCCUCCUGAGCCUGCGCAGCUUUGCACACCAUAUACAGGUCAUCGAGCAGCCCGCUUCAGCGACUCAUCUCGCACGAUUGGUCGCGGUAGAUCUCGUAGCCCGGUUCCGUCAGCACAGUUACGUCACCAUCGCUACGGCAUCAUCAACGGCGGCCUAUAUGCUCAACAUCGCGAGUACCGAGAGCGCUCCUUGGGCUCACACCCAUCUCAGGAACUUGAGCUGGACACCCGUUUUUUUGUGAUCAGAUCCUACAAUAUUGAGAACAUCCGAGCAUGUAUUCAGGAGGGUAUCUGGGCCACGAAACCUGCAAAUGCUGGAAAGCUCUGUGAGGCUUUCAACAGUUGUAAGAACGUGAUCUUGAUCUUUGGAGCAAAUUCCUCUCACGCCUUCCAGGGAUAUGCUAGGAUGAUCUCACUUCCGUCAGCUGAUGUUCCCAAGCCCAGUUGGUACCACACGCUGCGCUGGGCCAAGUCGGAGCCUUUCCGGGUGGAGUGGAUCCUAACAAAGAGCGUUGUUGAUAGCCAUGUUCGAGGCUUGAAGAACCCGCUCAACGAGGACUUACCGAUAACCCGAUCUCGUGACUGUCAGGAGUUGGACGACUGUUGCGGUCGCGAUCUGCUGAACAUUCUCCAGCGUGAGGCCACAAAGGCUUCGAAGUAA